GCACGUAUUGCGCACCAUGAGCACAGCAAAAUGUUUUAAAUAGAAUUUUCUUUUUUUAAGUCUGCUGGAGUCAAAUGGAGGUGAAAAUGAUAGAGUUGCCAAGGAGAUUUAGCUGGUUGUCCAUUCAUAUCCUUGUUAUUAUGGCUACACCUGGAUGUCUAAGUCAGUCCAGCACAGGUGAAAUGGCUUUUCUUAACGCACCUGACGCGCCCGUCUCCAGGUGCCAUUUACGCAUCCUCUACACUUGUUCUAGUACGUCCGUGGUGCACGUACAGGUCCUGGUUUCUUUCGACACUGGCUCUACCUCAGUCGUGUUCCACAAACACUGGACCUGUGACGCCGGACGUGCCAGCUCCAAAGUGAUAACGGUGCGCUUUCCCGACUGGCUUGUGUAUCAGCCCGACUGGAUAAUACGCGGUUCCGACUGGGUGCUCAGCUGUUUGUUGCGUGGAUGGAUUGGCACUGCAGAAUCCAUCCAGCCAGGCAGGUUUUCUCUCGCCAGUGUGACUGUUCCCCUCGAUGUACAGACACCACUGAGUCGACCUUUUAAACAGCACCUGCUUUGUGCGAACUGGGACACAGAGUUGCGCUUGAGAGUCAGGAGAGAUGGUAUGCCACAGUGCGCAAAAGAAAAUGAAGUGGCGUCACUUCUUUCCACACUGUAUGCCUCUACUGGUGAGCAUUAUGGCAUCAUCAAAACAUUCCAGCCUUUCAGGAAUGAAGUAUUGGAAAGAUUGCGAGUCAAAACUAUCUAUUAUCCCUGGUGUGCCUUUUCACUCUGGGUUUUGGUGGUGAAACCUUGUAGUAACCGUUUAUGUGGACUUCUACACCACAUUGACUCAGAUAAUAACUAUUCCACUCCGUCCUUGUUCCUCACUGAAACCGGUAAGAUUCAUGUGCAGUUGCAUGGAGAAGCUGGUUACUCAUCAGCGUUCCUUUCUCCGUUCAAAGUUCCUCUUGAUCAGUGGUGUCGUCUCAGCCUGGAGAUAUUCGGAAGAUUGGCAAAGCUCUCUAUUGCAUGCAUUGAUGGACAGCAGCAAUUUAUUAAGAAAGCUGAGCACAUGUUUAAAAUUAACCUGAAGCUGGAUGACACGCAAGGUUAUUUUGUGAUUGGUGGUGGUAAAUUUACGAGGGGCAUUGAAGGAUAUUACGGGCCGACUACAUACUAUCGCACCCAGGGGCUCCCAGAUGACCAGGCUGAGAUUCACCUUCCUCAUAUAAUAUCAAAGGUGAAUAUAACUGGAUGGUUCCAAUCCUGUAGGAAAUUCAAAUCGGAACUUUUCCUCACUGCUCCAUACACUUUACAGAGAAUCUCAGAUACCUCUUUGGACACAUACACAGAGCUGAUACUGAAUUACAGUUCAUCAAACUCAACAGAACAGUGUACAUUCUUCGAAUCGCUGAAAAAUCCUUACAGGCAUCAAGUUGCACAUUUGACCAAGCUACUGUCACAGAAAUAUGGCAGGGUGGAUGCUGCAGUGGUGGGCAGAGAGCUUUAUUCUCUGGUGCUGCGUAAACUGACUACAGCCGACAGUGUGAAGGUUAUGACCAGGCUGAUGCCUUUUCUGCUACAGUCUAGCUGUUUAGGAGACUACAGAGCACAACAUCUGUCCUCUGUGCUCUACAGCAGUGGGUUUGGAGUCAAGAGGCAGCCAUACAAGGCUUGGCUGCUGUCCCUGCUGGCAGCUCAGAGGGACUGGAGACUAGCCCUGCUGCGUCUCGGGCACAUGCACCAUAUCGGUGACCAGGAAGUGACCCCUGACCGUGACCUCUCUUAUGCCUAUUACAUCAACAUUGCGAGACAGACCAGCAUAGAUCAGAAGAAACCAACCCCAGAGCAAACUUUUGUUGAGUUAAUUCGCUUGAAUGAUGAAGAGACACUUAAGGCCCAAACCAAUGAAAACGACGAUCUGUUUCACUGGCUAAAACUGCAGGCACGAAGUGGAGUGGCUGAAGCAGAGCAAGCGAUGGGUCGUAUGUUGUUCUGGGGUCAGCAAGGUGUAUCUCCAGACAUUCGAACUGCAGUGAAGCACUACGAGAGAGGAGCAACCAAAUUGCGUGAUCCUAUCUCCAUGUAUGACUACGCCAUUGUGCUCCUUACGGGCCAAGGAGUUCCACAAGAUGUGAAAAGGGCUGUUGCAUUUCUGAGGAAAGCAAGAGAACAGGGGUUUGUUCCAGCUAUCACUGCUCUGGGCUGGUACUAUGAGCAGUUUGAGAAAGAUUACGAGAAGGCCGUACAUCUGUGGGAAGAGGCUGAUGCCAAGGGUCACCCUGAUGCUGCUAUGAAUCUGGGAGUUUUCUAUUCGCAGGGCCUCUAUCCUGGACAUCCUGCAGACCAGUUUAAGGCAUACACGUACUUCCUGAAGUCAGCCCAGAGAGGACAUAUGAAUGGUGGCAUUGAAUUAGCUGAUAUAUGGAUUCAUGGGAUCCCUGGCCAAGUGGCCCGGCGUCCAGCAGAUGCUGUUCUGUGGGUUAAAUGGGCCUCUGAACAGAAUGGAUAUCUAGGGACAGUCUUAAGGAAUGGGCUGAAUGCAUAUCUCAAAGGAAACUGGAUAAUGACUUUGAUUUAUUAUCUCUGUGCAGCAGAGAGUGGAUUAGAAGCCGCUCAGUUUAAUGUGGCGUACCUGUGUGAACUCAACUCUGGCUCUCUGCACCCAGCACUGGUGACUCUGUGCAUGUUAAGAUUCUAUAACAUGUCAAUACAGGCCCAAGAUCAUGCUCCUUAUGCUUUGAUCCGAAUGGGAGACAUGUUCUAUGGAGGACAGGCUUUAGGCAGGAAAGAGGUUUCUUAUGCAGGAGAAAUGUACAAACAAGCAGCUCUCAAGAAUGAACCACAGGGCUGGUAUAAUCUUGGCCUGCUUGUUCGAGAGGGCGAGUCUCUUCCCUUUAGCCUUCUUUCUGAGCUUAAUUUACUGCAUCUAUACUUAACAGACACACAUCAGCUCCUCAUCACCCUUUUCCACAGAUGUAGAGAAACCAUUAGCACUGAAGCAUUCCUACCCUGUACACUGGCACUGUUCAAUGCACACCUACAAUCCUUCCAGAUAGAUAAGGAUAUCGCAAUAAAGCUCAUUGCAACAGUUUCAGCCGCAGUUGGAACACUGUCAUUUAUUAUUGGACUAUUUAAACGAAGGACAGCACCCCAACAACAAACUUCACAAACAUCUACUUCCAGUUCCAGCCAAACCCAAGAAGAUUAGGAGGAAUCUUAAUGCCAUGGAUAAGUGUUUGUAAAUGAUAUUCCACCAUAUUUGUAACAGGGAUUAAUGUUUUUUUUUUUAUCCACAUUUUGUGUCAUUUCUCUAUGAAAACCUGACUAUGAGAAUAUUUAAAGGAAUAAUUCAUGCAAACAUGUUUUUGUCAUUACUUACUUAUCCCCAUGUGGUUCCAAACCUGUAUGAUUUUCAUUCUUCCCUUUUUUCACACAAUUAACUCUUUUCCAUACAGUUCAUAGUUAUGACUGUCAAGCUCUAAAAAGACCAGAAACACCAUAAAUGUAGUGAAAGUAGUCCAUUUGACUCAUGCACUACAUUCUGAGUAAUGCUUUGUGUGAUGAACAGACUAAAUUUAGGGUAUUAUUUAAGUGACGCUUCUUUAAGAUUACUUGUGUGCUCCAUGAUAACAGCAUGCAGGUUUGGAAAGACAUGAGGGUGAGUAAAAGGUGACAGAAUUGUAAUAUUUUUGAAUGAUCUAUCCCUUAAUCUGUGAAAUGCUUUUAGGAUACUACUAAAAAACAUGUAUUUAGUUUAAUUAGCUUUUAUAAAGAGGCAGACUUUGAAAGCAUUCAAUACAGACUUAUUUUUUUAAAGUUAAUUCCCAGUACUGUUCUUGGCCUCUUGUUUCUGAAACGUAAUUUCUUCAGAGAGUUCAGGCAGUACCACUUCAGUGUCUUAAGACAAACUAAUUUUUCCCUCUCUUGGAGGUACGGUUUCCCAUUGGGGCCACUCUGUCUCUGUCUAAUGAAAGAGUGUGAGGACUCCCUGGGCUUCUGUGUGGAAUGAUGCAAACAGCAGGUACACAGCAAGCUGAGAUGUGUCCCCGAUCACACAUGGUGCCCCGGGAACACACUCUGCAACUCACGGUUAAUUAAAACGACACUGAAAAGCUUGCUAAUCCCCAGAUACAGGGAGUGCACCACACUGUCUCAAGUGUUGAAUCAUCAUCUGGAGACACUAAUCUUACUGCGUUUACAUAAUUUUUUUUUUUUACACACUAUGCUGUAUAUGUGUUUAAAUAAUGUGGCGCUUACAGUGAUACUGUCAUUCUGGAUGCAUUGCAAUGUCUCAUCAAAAUUGUUACAUUUUGUGUGUUUGUGCUCUCAGGAUAUUUUAUUAAACAGGAUUUUAAUAAAUUGUUCAGGGAAUAUGUUGGACUGCACACUA